AUGUCCAGAGCAAAACCCAGGUUUCAACGACGAAAAGUUCAGCAGCCCUCUACCGAGCAGCCCCCUACCAAGCAGCCCCCCACCGAGCAGACACGCCCUCAGCAAGCACCUCCAUCCACCUUUGCAGGUGGACCCAAGCCGACAUCAACUGCACAAUCCAACACCCAAUCCGCUGCUCAAACCGGGAGCAAAGCCCAAUACACCCAGCUGACCCGGCACAAGUCCCGAGAUGUCUUUGGCCGGACGUACAGUGAUGUUUACUCGGUUUGCACCAUCUCCUACAACAGUGGCAGAUUCAUCAAGCUCAAAGUCCAGGCAACCGAUGAUGUUCGCAACGGCAAAGGCGGCAGUACCUGGAAGCGCAAACAGAUCAAGAAUGUCGGGCCCACACCCCUCAAGGUAUCCAACUGGGUGUUCGGUCACGUUGACGACGUCAACAAGCCAAUCAAAGAGUACAGCUUUGGUGACAUUGCUCAAGUUAUCGGACGAACUCUUGCCAUCACACCCUUGAUGCUGUUCUUGAACUUUGCUGUGAGCCCUGGAGGAGGAGAGGUAAGGAAUGGCGGGAACUAUGAUGCUGUGCCGUACCGAUACUUUGGACGCCCGAAAACUAGCCGCAACUCCCUGGAUAACAGUAUCCAUCAGGGAGAUAUCCAGUUCCAAAAGACCGUCACAGAAAGACCUGCCAUUUUUGCCGCCCCCGCUUCUGAGAAGACUCCCCGUGCGGUAUCGGAGAGAACUGAGCGCAUCUUGCUACCUCGGCGUUUGUGUUGGUUGGAUACGAAGCCGCAGGUUAUUGUCCAGGACGAUGAAGAGUACCAGGCGUAUCAGUCCACCGACGUCAAGCAGAACGCAAAGCAUUGUCCCGAGUAUCUCUUCGUUGCCUGGAGAGUCUCUCAGCUCGAAACAGAGAAUCUCCAAGACAAAGAAGCCCUCCAUGAGCUGGCCCAGCGUGCAACUAAGGAGGCUGGUUUGAGCUGCUAUUGGAUCAGUGAGAACUGCUUCACAGCGCCUGAGGAGGAGUUGUCUCUGGACGUCUGGAGAAUGAGCGACAUUGUGCGAGGUUCGAGCGGUAUGGCGAUAGCUCUCGGCAGACUGCCUGAUGAGGAUACUUCAGCCGACUUGAACAGCGACAAGGACCCCUGCUACGCCCUCUUGACUUCUUGGUCUCAGUCCAUUUGGACCUUUCCAGAACUUCUCCUCAGCAAACGGUCCACGAUAACAUGCUACUACUUCUCCGAUCAUGAGGAAGAGCCGUCAGCCAAGGCCUCUGACCCGUUCCGGGAUUCUUCAGCAUCGCCAUAUGGCACAAUUCGGAAGCAAAUCAUUCCGAAGAACCAGUUAGCUGCCCGGUGUCUCGAGACGUCGAGAGAUCGCUACCAGGUUCGUCGCUUGAUCGACCACUACUCCGGCAACCUCAAACUGAGCGAUCUCGAGCUCACCACAUUCCGUCAAGCCGGGACUCAGUACCUCCCUGGUGACUACUCCUGUGCACUCAUGGGAUUGUUGGGCAGACGGCCAUCAGUUCACCGAAGUGACUCUGCCUUCCUCGCAUUCGCUCGCUUGUCUCUCGAGAAUUACAACAACCGACUGUUUGAGAGGAUGCUUUGCUUGUUGCAACAUGAAGAGCAGGUGUGGUACGACACAACCGACGUGUAUGGUGCCCGACUUUGGGACAUUGAGCCCAGCGUCCAGGUGGCUGGCAUCGGAGUUUACAACGAACAGGAAGCCAAGAUGGACGCGGUGAAUGAGCGCGAAUAUGACCAGGAGUUCUUCCACCAAGAUGAUGACGGGGUUACUUCCGAGAAGGUCCUCCCACCCAGUCCCAUAUCCCACUCCAAGCGGCAAUACCCCCCUUCAGUUGCAAGCCAGCCACGAACCCAUCUUGCCUCCCGCUCUCAGGUCUCGUUCCAAAGCCACGCUCCCCUCAGCCCGCCCACGUCGAUCUCACAUCCAGCUUACAACUCCCCCCUCCAAGAGCCUUGGUCCCCCACCGUCACAGAAAUGACCGAACUCACGAGUCCUUCCACCCAGCAGCAAAAGCCAAAAUACUCCCAUGCCCAGCUUAAUCCUGAGGCCGAUACCACCAUCCUUGACGGCUGCCUCGCCGCCACAGUUCACUGGUCCGAAUUCUGCACUCCCCUCACAACCUCAUACCCCGCCCUCUUCCACCGCAUCCUCAAGUGGCUCCUGCGUGUCAAUAUCAUCCCUUUGAUCGUCGGCACUAUCCUUGCCCUGAUCCCCACGCCUCCAGUCAGCGGAUUUGGCGCAUUUAUCCUCGCCUAUUCCCUCUCCAUCCUGGUGGCCUCCCCCUUCAUCAUCCGCAUCCUGUAUGGCGGCAAGUUCUGGGGCGUCCAGUCCUUCUUCUUCGGGUUCGAGGGGUACAUGCCCAUCGGCGAGAUUGAGCGCAAGAUAUGGGGUGCCGACAUGGGCAGGCUGAAGUGGAGCUGGUAUGCGAGCUCGCCCCUGGCGGUGCACAAGAUCGAAGAGGAAGGCAGAUACAUUGUGAGUGAGGAUCCCACUGCUGUGGAGGAGACGAGGAGGAUGGUGGAGGAGGCGAAGAACGCUGGGCCGGGGGAUUUGAGGGUAUUCACGCUGGUUGAUACGUACAGCAUGACGGCGACGUUGUUCCAGGCUCGAAGGUUGCCCCAAGCCCUGCUCAUUUGCGGAAGUGAGGGUGGCAUGCAGAGGGCGCUGGGAUGCUCAUUCGAAUGGACCACGCAGACCUUCUACAAGGAAACCGUGUUGCGGUUGGAGACGAGGGUGUUGGAUAAGAUGGACCGGAUCAGGAGGGUGAGGUUAGGGAUUAAACGGGGCCAUAUGGAGGCUACACACCGUGCUAGUUUGUGA